AUGGCCGCCUCCCUGCACUCCCGCGUCACCGACUUCCUCCUUUCAUCCCUCAACAUCCAUGUGUCCGGUGGCUCUGGCCCGUACCGCGAGGGCCCGAUCGAUGUCUACGUACCGUUCCACCAGGCCUACACACGGCCUCCGGAGCGCAGCCCCCCGCCAAUCGCCUUCUCCCUGGCGAACUCGUUCCCUGGUGGCUCUAUGCGCACCGUUGAGAGCACCGCAUCGCCUGCUGGGGAGGGGAUAGUGUUCGACAUUGACCUGAUCACCACCUGGAGACUGAAAAACUCCAUGGCCGCCUACGAGGUGUUUUUCUAG